ACUUUUUAAAAAACAUUUUAUUAUGAAUUAAUCAUAAGCAAUCACUCAAUACGUCUUUAAGUUUCAAAAACAUUGAUCUUUCAAUCAGCUUCAACAUGACUAAAAACUUAGUUAGUUCAAGCUAGUCUAAUUCUAAUAAAAAACAUGGGUGACAUCACUGUCACUCCACAACUAAUAAAAGAAUUGCAAAAAUUUGAGGCAAAGAAGACUGUCUACAUGACUGACGAAGAUGUAGAACAUGAAAUCGAAAUCUUGGACAGCCAACCAAAAUCGUUCAAGUAUUACUUUCAGCACCCUAACUUGCGAUUAUUGAUAGCCUGCACUGUGACCAUAUUAAACUUUUACAUAUUCGCAGAAGAUCCAGUUUCGCACAGUGUCACCAAUUGUCACAUAUCAUUAAUUGGAGACAUCUACUCCAUGAUUUUUGCAAACUAUCCACCAAACGGGUACAGUGCUGUUAAAGUUUGCUUGUGGUUAUUCGCAAUAAUCUUCAGUAUUAUUGUUGGCAAAAUAUUUAUUCACUAUUGGCUAUUUUGCUGCAAAUUGAAACUCAAAUUGUUUUCAAAGGAGGGACAAGGGUCAUGGAUGUUGGUGUUUUUAUUCACAUUGUGUGUUGUCUUUUACCAGUCAGCAAUAUUCAAUGCAGUUCUCAUACUGGAAGGAAGUGAAAUGGACCAAUACCACUCUACAGAUAAUAUGCACAUUAAAAACAAAACAUUUAUGAAAAUGGCAGCUAUUGUAACAUGGCUGGGUGAUUUUAUUACAGCUUGGAUGGUUCUUGACAUGAUGUUACAGGAAAAGAAAUAUCAUCACUGGAUGCGUCCAGUUCGACGGUGGUGGCAAACAGGUUACAACAGGGUGAUUGCUUUCUGGUUGGUGUGCUUAGCUAUGACUAUAGUAGUUGUGGUGGGCAUAACAACAGACUUUGUGAAUUGGGAUGGAAUAAAUCGUGGGAUGGUUUCAACUAAUGAGCUCUCAAGAUCAUUCUUAGCGUCGUUUAUUUUAAUCUUUGACUUAGUAAUUAUAAUGCAGGACUGGGAUUUCCCACACUUUUGCUGCACCACUGAUGUCAAAUUACCAGGAGUGCAUUCUAACGAACUCUCUAUUGCCUUGCCGGCGUGUUGUGUUGUAAACAAUCCAGAAGUUCAGAUCUCUGGAAAAUGGUUUAACUAUGGCAUACUUUUGGUUGUAAUGAUACUUGAUUUGUAUAAAUGGAAAACGCAAAUUAUGUACGAACCAUUUGAAUAUGGUCAAUACGUAAACAAAGAAGGUAAAAUCUUUACAGUUACGAACAAAACCUUUCUCGCCAUUGCAGAUAGGAAAAUGCUAACUUAUGAAUAUAGAUGGAACAACACUAAUCAUAAUGGCACUGUGUUGGGAACGCUUGAUCACAUGACAUUAUCCAUGUAUAAUGGAUACCCUGUAGCUUUAAAAGGUAUUGCAUUUAUACCAUCUAUACUAGCGUUCUUUGUCUUCAUAUAUUUGGUGUACACGUUUGCACAAAUAGAAAGCGAUCGAGAGAAAUUGGUGAGAAACUGGUAUGAGAGUAAGUUUAUACAAAAAAGAAAGUCACGAAAGAUAAAGCCAAAUGUUGAAGAGGUAUUAAUACGUGUCCUUUUUUGGGCCUUUUAACAAAGUGUCUCCUGCAAACAUAUUUCCUUCUUUGUUACAUACAGAUGAAUGUAAAUUAAGAAAUGAAGCUGUACACAAACCUUUCUGAUAAUUUUGUUUGGGACAUGUCCAAAAAGUGAGAUUGGUGUAAAAUGCUAUGGUGUGCAUCAUCUUAAGUUCUUCAACUUAAUUGCAACAAAAGUCACAUUUUAAACUAAGAAUAUGACUAAUACCCUAUCAUAGUCUAAUCUGU